UGUCCCUCAGCCGGGUGACCCCUUCCCCUGGCCCCCGUCGGGGACACGGGGCCAGUCCCUCUUAGGCCGUAAGUGGUUUUGCUGAAGUAAUGGGAAGCAGAAGGGUUUUGUCCUGCAAAGGGGCCGACCCUGUGCCAGGACUUCGCUCUUAAUUCCCGUGGCUGGAGGCUUUCUGGGGUUGGAUACACCCAGUGCGGCACCUGGGCAGGUCCUGUGCCUCCAGGUCUGGUCACCAGAUCCUGCCCCAGAGCGCCCAGCAGAGCCCAGCAUGAGCAGAGGCGCAAGUCCGCCCUGGCCCAGAGGGAAGGAGGAAGGGGAUUUGGGGGUGCUGGUGGCAGGAAACUCAGGGUGGGACCGGUGUGCCAGCAGGGAUGGCGGGCAGGAGCCAGGACCGGAGCCUGCGGGAGGAGCUGACGUGUGCCAUCUGCUUCGAGCUCUUCAGUGAGCCCGUAAUGCUGGACUGCAUGCACCACUUCUGCAAGGCCUGCAUCCAGGGCUACUGGGAGAGCUGUGCCCGUGUCCCCUCCUGCCCCCAGUGCCGCCGCGAGUUCCCCAGCCGGGCAUUCCGCACCCACUACCUGCUGUCGGGGCUGGUGGAGAAGGUGCGGCGCUGUGGUUCUGUGGAGCACCGGCAAAAGAUGCAGAAGCACCUGGAAGAUGCUUUGCAAGCUCGUCAGAAGGAGAUGGAGAACUUCUUGAGGAGGAAGCGUGCGAUGCAGGAAGAUAUCUGUGGCCUGACGAAGGUGUCUGGGGAGCUGAACUUCAAGAUCCGUGCAGAGUUUGUCCGCCUUCAUCAGAUCCUGGAGGAAGAGGAGAGAGCUGUGCUGGCAGAGCUGGGUGAAAAGGAAGAGCAGUUGCUGGCACAGCUGCAUGGGGACGUCCACCGGCUGGAGGAGGGGAUGUCGGCGCUGCAGAGGGACAUAGAGCGCAUAGGGCAGACCCUGAGCAAGAUGGAAGAGGUGUCACUGCUGGAGGUGGAGAGCUUGGAUAUCAGGCCCUCGGUGCAUGUUGAGACCCAGCCUGCCUUUGACCUGGAGCGCUACAGGGACAGCCACAGCGGCCCGUUGCAGUACAUCUUCUGGAGACAGAUGCUGCAGUCCAUCUGCCCCGCUCCUGCCCCACUCACCUUCGACCCUGAGUCAGCCCACCCCAAUCUGGUCUUCUCCAGAGACCUGACAGCAGUGACGGAGAGGAAUCGAGCCCAGCUCGUCCCCAGCAGCCCCCGGCGCUUCCGUCAGUGCGUCAACGUCCUGGGCUCACAGACCUUCGACAGCGGCCAGCACUACUGGGAGGUCUGGGUGGGCAGCAAAACCAAGUGGGACUUGGGGGUGGCCGCCGAGACUGUGGACCGGGCAGCAAAGGUCAAGCUGUGCCCGGAGAACGGCUACUGGACGCUUCGCCUGAGGAACAGGACGGAGUACUGGGCCACCACCACCCCCUGGGUGCCCCUGCCUCCCCGCCAGCCCCCCCGGAAAGUGGGGGUCUUCCUGGACUGCCAGGAGGGCACUGUUGCCUUCUUUGAUGCCGGGGACAUGUCCCACCUCUUCACCUUCCACCGAGUCUCUGCAGAGAGAUACUGCCCCUUCUUCAGCACCUGCUUCAGCGAUGGGAGGGACAACGUGGAGCCCAUGCGCCUCUGCCACCUGGUCCUGUGAGGGACAGAGGGGAGCAGGAUGCUUUGGGGAUGCCAGCCUGGCUCCUUGCAUCUCCCCACAGUGCUGCCUGGGGCCAUGCCACAGGCUGAUCUUGCUCACAUGGAUGUGGUGGGUGUUGGAGGGGCUGUUUUGGUUUCUGUUUUGAGAUGGAGGAGGGGGAUGAGUCUCUUGCAAGCUCCUGCCUGCCCUCCCUGCUCUGUGCCGUGGUCUGUGGGUGCUGCACUGCAUUUCCAGAUGUGCCUGGCACCUUCCAUGCCUGAGCAUUGCACGGUUCAGUAACUGCAGCCACAGGGCUGCAGUGGAGGUGGCUGCAGGCUGCUUGCACCUCCUGUCCCUCGGUGCUCCCACCCACAAACACUGUGGUCCCCAAGCACCAUCAGGUGCCUUUUGACACUCAACUCCAUGUCCCAGGGGUGGGCUUCCUCUGCUCCAAGAGCUUCAUGAGGAAGGGCUCCAGGCUGGCGGCAGAGGGAGCUCGGUGCACAGCGUGGGA